AUUUCCUCUGCCUAUUCCACACUGCUUGCCGACGCCGCAUGACAGGCACCAGCGCUCGGUCAUUGCAUGGCUAUGCAUACCGCCCGCAACCGGCGGUCAGUAGCAGCAGCAAUCGAAGCAACAGUCUUCGGGGCCAGACGUCCCCGUAUACGCACAGCGACAAGGACGAGCAAUUGUACAACCUCGUAAGUGAUCUCAGCCAUGCUUGUCGCAAGGACAGCAACGCAAAUGCACUCAAGGAUUAUAAUCUGAUCGAGACUUUGGAAAAGAGUGCCAAGGACAUCCUAGCCCGUCGCAACAGCAACCAGGACGGGAUGAACAACGACGCUGUCGUUGCCGCUUCCCCCGACACGAUUCAGAAACGUCGGCGAUUGUCGAUCGAGGCAAACGACGACCGUGACAGCGACAACACUUGUGACAAGUCGACAAACCCGCGCUUUCAAAAGAUCGAACGACCUGCGGACAAUGCACCCAAGCGCUACAACAUGCCGACGUUCUUUUCGUCGAUGCCGCCUCGACAAAGCAGCAGCGGCGCUUUGUCCGCGGCGGUGCCCCCGCCAUCCGUUCGACCCAUAGCCAAGCCAGGUGGCAAAUCGAUCAAAUCUCCUUCCGCGAAGGUCUCUGCGACAGUCGAUUUCCAGGACUUCUCGGACAACGAGGACGAGGAGCCGUCGUUCAUGCGCGAUACGAUUUCGCGUGAGACGUUUUCCCGCGAGACGGCCAUGUACACGCGGGAAGCCCUGUGCAUGGAUGAUCUCUCGCCGGAUGAGAUUAAUAUGAUCGCUCCUGGACAAGAAGAGGUUCACCGGAAGCGCCAGCAUGGAACCAUGGGCCGCGAAACUCCGGCCGUGUCGACCAACAAGACCGUGCGUCAAGAGCCGCGAAACGACGACAUUCAGGCAAUCAUGGACAAAGCCAAGGGAUCCGUCGACCCCGACUACGUCAAUACUCACCACGCAACCGCGGCAAAGAUGCCGGAGACCUCGCCGUUCUCGUCAUCGUCUCCUUUCUCGACUGUCAAUGGCAAGGCAGAGCCAGAGUUUGUCUACACGCACUUGGGGUCAAAGCUCAAGUCCAACCUGCGGUCCCGCAGCGGAUCGGGCUCGAAAGAACGGUCACGUCGCGGAUCCGUCGACGACAAGCGGCGCCAGCACACCAUCACGGAAUCGAAACUCAUCUCGAUCCACAAACCAAAAUCCACAACUUCGACAUCGUCGGCGAGCGCAAGUUCGACCGCUUCACUGCAAGCAUCGCGAGCCCAGCUGCGGUCGCAAACGAUGCUUGAAUCCAAGACGAGUUGGCCCACAGGCAAGCCUACCACGUCGACACUAGGAUCCCAGCCACAGUCGAUACCCAAGCCUGCCACAACGUCCUUGACAACCGCUGCGGGAACCACCACCGCCAAAUCCAAGGCAGGCCCGACGCGGAACAUAGCAGCGGCGGUGACUUCAGCUACCCAUGCCGCAUCUGUUUCAAAGGAAGUGGCCGUGCGCAGUGAAGGUGGCAAGACCGGCACUACCAAGCCAUCGCCCCCUCGACCUCUUCGAAAGGAGUUCUCCCUGGACGAUACGAUUCAAGAUGAGAGUCCGGUGGUGGCCGCGCUACCGGCGGCCCCAGCCGCAGCUGUUCCUGCCACCCCACCCGCUCCUGUCGUCCCUGUAGAGCUGCUGCAAAAGAUCGAGUCGUUGGAAAAGCAAUUGGCCAGCAAGGACGCCGAGUGCACGCGGCUGUCGACCGAAUUGAUGGCUCAGGACGCCCAAUGGAAAGUCCAGUUUGAAGCCUCCGACACGGCGUACAAGGCCCUGGAGGCGUCCGUGGCCGUGUUAGCCUCGGAGAAACAAGUCCUCGCGACGCAGGUGCAUGACCUGGAGCGGAGGAUUCCGCUGGGCGACUCGUCCUCGAACCGCAUCGUGUGGCAUUUGCGCGAGAUUUUGCGCGAAGAAGAAUCGGACAACAAGAUCGAGUCUGCCAAGGCGUCGCGCAUCGCCGCGCUCGUGAAUCGGUUUGAAAAGUCCAAUGCCCAAGUCCAGGCGGAUUUUGCACAGCAGCUGCGCCACGAGAUCAAGUCCAUCGGGCUUACGCGGGUCGCAGCGUCUCUCACCGUCGACUCGUCGACUCGGACGGCCGACUUGGAAGAACGCAUUGCCCAACACGAAGCGACCAUCCUCAACCUGACGCGGGAAGCUCAGAAUUACCAGCGCCAACUCGACUUGGCCCUGCAGACCGCCGUCGACCGAGACCAAGACGUUAUGCAGCUCGAAUCAAAGUUGACGUCGAUGCAGCUCGCUGAGAAGGGUGAGGACGGCGCCGCGUCGGCCUUGUCCGCGACUCUGGCGUCCCAAAAGGCCGCCGUGACCCGUCUCGAAGCCAAUGCGGCAGCACUGGAGAAGGUCGUGUCGCAGCGGGACGACGAGAAGGCCGAACUGGAGCGACAGGUGCAGGAGCUCACGCGGGCAUUGACAGCACAGACUGAGGCGGCCGCAGCGACCGUCGCGUCCGUGAAGAAAGACUUGGAGCAUCAGUGCGCGCAAGUGAAGCGUUUGCAAGACGAAGUUGAAGCCAAGACAAAUGAAAUCCAUGUCCUGAACGCAACGGCGGCGUCGACGAUGACGCGGGAGAGCGCGAGUGUUCUCCUCCAUGACAGCUUCCUCACGUCGACCGCGCGCAAGUCGGUGCGCUUCGAAGACGACGAAGGUAGUCAGCACUUGCGCAGCCAAGUGCGGUCGCUCGAAGCGGACGUCGCGGAGAUGCGCGCCGCCUUGCACGAACGCACGUGCGACGUCAACGCGCUGCGGCAGGAAUUGGUCGCCAAAGCGGAAACGAUCGAGCAUUUGUCCGCGGACUUUGCCAAGCGGUUGGCGCAGCAGUCGGACGUCAGCAACCCUCCCAACGACAUGGAAAAGAUGGACAUGUUUCUGUUCAACCAAGUGUGCGCCAAGCAGCAAGAAGUGGACGAUCUCCUUGUCGAACUCGAGCGCAAAGACGAUGAAAUCAAAGAACUUCUGGCGCGGCAACCAGCCGACAACAAUGACGGCGGCGGCCACGACGAAGAGAUUGAGCUGCUACAGACCAAGGUCGUCGAGCUCACGGCGCAGCUCAAAGUUGCCAUGGAGCAGAACGCAUUGUUGACGCAAGAAACGCAGCUGCAAACGCGCAGCAUCGAAAGCAAGCAAAACCAGAUCAAGUCGCUCCUCGAACUCAUGAAGAGCAAGGAGGAUGAACUGGCCGAGCUCGAUGAAGCACUCGCGACCGCCGAGAUCCAAGUCGAGUAUUUGAAACAGCAAUACAAUGUGACGUUUACGCGCGAAGAAGAGGACGGGUUUGCCGCGGCGUAUCGAGAGAGCGGCCGCCGCAGCUCGCUGUCCCUCCGGCGCGAGUCCGUGAGCUACCCGCCAAACAUUGCUCCGUACUUCACGCCGUCUGCCAUGAUGGAUGACGAAGGGUACGACGAGUACGACCGCCCGCCAACCUCCGAAGGCAUGUCCGUGCGUUCGGACUCGACCUACCUGUCGACGGCAGGCAUCUCGCCCCCUCCUUCAGCUGCACAGUCCCUGGACGACAACGAGUUCGGCGGGUCCCCUCGAUUUAGUUGUUUGAGCAUCGGGUCCCGCGACAGCAUCGCGUCGUCCCGCACGAGCGAGUGGGGGCUCGAGUUUUAGUAGAGAAUUGUUUUUUAAUAUAAAGUGUGACUGGACUCAGCAUCGUAAGAUGUUGGACCAGGCGGACAGGGGACUCAGCCCCCGAACGGACA